UUUUCAGUGAGGGGUACCUGAGAGGGGGCACCAGGCUAUAAUUAUUCGCACAUAUAACUCACACGCAGCAUGAGGAAAAGCAUUUACUAGUCAGAACUAAAUAGAGGGCGCUGUUAUGCUGGCCGAUUCAUCACCUGAUCACGCAGCCUGCUGGCGAUGGCCUCGUGUUGUUCUUGAACGCACGACCGAUCGAGAGGAACGACUGGUCGAUUUUGUGAAGCAUCUGAUGUCAGACAUGUCUGUGUUGAGCAAACGUGGGGAAAGACUUCUGAGUACAGAGAACUUACUUGCAAAAGGAUUUGGCAGGUGUGCCUCCAAUUUGUAUGAUGGCGAAACAAACCCAAAUGGUUGCAUCAACCUGGGCACAGCUGAAAACAGGCUCGUGUUUGAUCUACUGAAAGAAAGAAUGAAUGGAUACAAUGUUCAAUGGGAAGACUACAUGUAUACCUACCAAAACUCCCAAGGAAUUCCAGAACUCCGGAAAGCUGUUGCAGGAUUUCUGAGUGAUCAAGCCAAAUCUCCAAAGCCGUUGGAUCCUGAAAAUAUCAUUAUUAUGAAUGGAGGCGGAAUUUGUAUGGAAGCAUUGUCAUUUUCAAUCUGUGAUCCUGGAGAUGGCGUGAUGGUUGCUUCACCGUAUUACGGCGGAAUUGAAAAUGACAUUGUAUUAAGACCCGAAGCUAAGAUUAUUCCUGUCCAUUUCUACAGCAAGUCUGAGCCUGGACUGACUGAACCUUUUGAAAUUACAAUCUCUAAGUUUGAAUCGGUAUACAAGGAAGAAACUGAAAAGGGAAUGAAAAUCCGAGCCGUUGUCUUCAUGAAUCCCAAUAACCCACUUGGAGAUGUGUAUCCCAAACAAAUGGUUCUAGACAUGUUACAUUUCUGUCACAGACAUUCACUCCAUCUGAUCAUGAAUGAAGUCUACUUAAACUCCAUCUUCAAAGAAGAAGUGGCAUUCCAGAGCUUUCUGAGCCUCAAGCCAGAGGAGGUGCCAGACCCUGAGAAAGUUCUUCAGGAUAUGUCGAUGUCCGGUAUGAGAUUUGGAGUCAUUCACACCUUGAACACUUCGAUCAUUUCUUGUAUCAAUACCUUCGCGUACUUCCAGUUAGUGUCUGUCUACAUCCAGAAAGUCAUGGCUCGUCUUCUUUCUGACAAAGAUUGGUUGAACAAUGUCUUCUUUCCAACCAAUAACAAGAGGUUGCGAGAGGCUCAUAAAGUCACGACAGACACCCUGGAUGAGAUCGGGAUACCAUACCUCAACAGACCCUCUGGACUCUAUGUCUAUGCUAACUUUAAGAAAUUCAUGCCAUCCUUGACUGCAGAGAGUGAAAUGGCGCUUUUCUAUCGUUUCAUCAAAGAUGGCAUCUACAUCGCUCCUUCUCUGGCAUUUUACUCAGAUGAGCGUGGAUGGUUCCGCAUCAUUUUCACCCGACCGCUUGAUGAGAUCAAACUUGCCAUGGAAAGGCUUGCUAAGGUUUGCCACCUGCUUCAAGAAGAAAACAAGCAAUCCUUGUCCAUAGCACCAGCUGCCGAGAGAGGUGGAGCAGGAGACAGCUCCCAAAGUAAAUCUCUAGAAGCGCUUGUUUCCCAACUGCAAAGUGAGAUGGCUAAAUCUGAUUGGUUGGAGACGAACACGGCUGACAAGUGGAAAGCAGAGAAUCCUAAACUCUUCCAAGAGUACAUGGCCAACUUCAAGUAGCUGGCUUGACAAUAAGGAGAUUAUUUCACAAAUUUUGGGAGCACACCCUCGUGAACAGUGUCUUUGUUUUUCAGAUUUGGAUGUUUGGCCAUCGGUUUAGUGUUCUGGGGGCCUUAUAUCUGUUUGUGGAAUCUCUUUAAUGAUAACCCAAUUAUUCAUUGGCCAAUCUUGAUAAUAACUCGAAGGAAAGUGUAGUGCCUGUGAUGGACAGUUAUUUUCUUCUUCUUCUUGGCCUUGUUUUCUUUUACCUCUGUCUAAAUUUUAGAGUUUGGGAUUUUGAAGUUGUUUCUUUUCAUUACCUGAGCCAUAAGAUUGUCUUCUUUUCUUUGAGCUUUUAUUUUUAUUUAGUUUCAUCUUGGUAUUUUGUAAUUUGUUUCAAGGAGACAUUUUAUGCAAAAACUAAAAAAAAAUGCCUCUUUGACAUCCUUUUAUUAGUGCCUGAUAAAAAUUAGUUCCGUUAUAUUUACUUCAUAUGUUUUCCUCUGUCUUAUUUUUUUCAAAUUUAUCAGAUUAAUUCUUCACUGAAAUUGUAAAAUUGUAAAAUUAAAUACUAAUUUAAAAGAAUAAACAGGGUUAUUUUUUGUCGGAUCAAGCAAAAUGAUAAGUUAUAAUGUUUUGCUUUGUUUUGGCGUCAGAUGGUUUAUUUUUAGUGUUAACAAAUUCAUCUUACACACCGUUAAUACCUCAGCAACAAUUGAAUAUACUGGGCUUCAGUAUUAUAUCGUAAGAAUUUAUUUUACCCGGGUCAUCUUUUGUCUUGAAUGUCAAGAUUACAUGACUGACAGUUUUGUUAGUGAGGAUUUUUUAAAAUCUGAGCACAGCCUAUGUAUCAGUGAAGUUAAAUUUUUGAGACAAUAAAGUAUGGAUAUCUAGUUCUGCUAGUUUAAGUUAAAAAGUGCAAGUGGAUCAUA